AUGGUAUUAGAAUGGGCAAGUGCCAACACAAAUCAAACCAUCGACUGGGACUACAAUGAUAAUAAAAGCGUUGCCUACCAUCAAUUCUCUCUUUCCCAGCAGGCUGUAUUUGUAGAGGCAUCGGAUAUGGCUCAAUGGGGAACUUGGUUCUUUGGUACAGGUAGUAGUGUCGGGUUAACUAGUCAGACUGGAAGCUCCGACAAUGCAACAAGAGCCCAGUUUAUCGACAAUGGACGUCUCAGCAACACCAAGGAUGUCAACUACAGAGCCAUUGGCAAUUCUCGACCCAUUUUUGCCUUUUCCCAAGACCUAGGUUCAUUGGAUGGGACCGAAAAAGAUGCUCUCUUUGUUGUCGGUAUUGCUCAGGAGCAAGUGAUCAACUUUCGGGGUGCUUCUGACUCUACCGAGGCUCUCGCUGCACUCUGGACAACCAAAUACGGGUCUGCCCAGGACGCCGUGGCAGCUUUUUACCAGGAUUGGGAGAAUGCUGCGGAGGACUCCGCAAGUCUUGAUGCCAAGAUCCAGAGCGAUUCUGAAAAAGCGGGUGGCAGCAACUACGCCACUCUGACAACACUAGCUGUCCGACAAGUGUUUGGAGGUCUGCAAGUGGCACACGGAUCGAGCCAGGACUACGUCUUUUUGAAAGAAAUCAGCUCCGACGGCGACUGCUCAACUGUUGACGUCUUAUUCCCGGCACACCCCAUCCUACUUUACCUGAACUCUACCCUGUUGAAGCUUCUCCUAGACCCGCUGUUUGAGCAUCAAGAGAGCGGCCACUACCCUAACCCCUGGUCGAUUCAUGAUUUGGGUGUCUUCCCCAAUGCUCUCGGCUAUGCAGCGGGUGAUGAUGAGGCUAUGCCAGUGGAAGAGUGCGGAAACAUGAUUAUCAUGACUCUGGCUUACGCCCAACGUUCUCACGACCACUCGUACUUGGCGAAGCACUGGCCGCUCCUCAACCAAUGGGCGCAGUUUCUUGUCAACGACUCGCUGAUUCCAGACAAUCAGCUGUCGACCGACGACUUUGCUGGUACCCUGGCAAACCAGACCAAUCUAGCACUGAAGGGCAUCAUUGGCAUUGGGGCCAUGUCCGAGAUUGCGAAUCUGAGUGGUGUUCCAGCUGCGUCUUCGUAUACCACGACAUACCAAAACACGGCCGAGGACUACAUCGAGAAGUGGGCCAGCUAUGGCAUUGCUGCGGAGGCGAAUCCACCUCAUACCACACUGGCGUAUGGCCAGAACGAUACGCACGGACUGCUGUACAACUUGUACGCAGACCGCCUUCUUGGGCUGAAUCUGGUGCCGCAGUCUAUUUAUGACAUGCAGAGUGACUUCUACCAGACAAGCAUACUGGACUUUGGCCUGCCACUGGACACGCGGCAUAUGUGGGCCAAGGCAGACUGGGAGGUCUUUGUAGCGGCCAUAGCAAAGGCAGACACACAGUCGUUGAUUAUGGAACGGCUGAUACACUUUGUGGAAGCAACGCAGUCGAACCGUCCCCUGACAGAUUUAUAUGAUGCUACUACGGGGAAUUAUCCCGUGGAUGGGCCGUCGUUUAUGGCGCGCCCGGUGAUGGGUGGAGUGUUUGCGUUAUUGGCACUGCCCAGCUGA